CAGUGAUACAAAUCCAAAUUUCACGCAUUGGUCAUUGCUUAUGUGUCACCUUUGGAACUCUCCACAUAUCUGUGCCAACCCCAAUUUUCAGAGCUAUGGAACUCUCCACAUAUCUGUGCCAACACGUCUCGUAUGAUUGACUAUCUUAGAAAACUUCAUUUUGAAAUAUCAAAAUCAAUCCAUGUCGCAUUGUUGAGUUUGAGUAUAGAACUUUUGCUACUCAAUUACGGUACUUAUUUAUUUCUUCAACUCCAAAACCACCUCACAAACGCAUUCCCUCAAUUAUUUCCAUUCAAUUCUCAACAAUGUCAUCACCAAUCGCCACCACCCUCUCAUCCCCACCCUACGACCGCCUCAAAGCCGUCAGAGAAUUCGACGAAACCAAAGCCGGAGUAAAAGGCCUCAUUGACUCCGGUAUCAAAACAAUCCCUUCUUUCUUCAUUCAACCACCCGAAAUCCUAUCCGACCUCGCUCCAGGAUCCGGACCCGAACCAGAAAUUCCAACCAUCGACCUCUCUACUCUACACGAUUCCCGCGCCACCGUUGUGGAUCAGAUUCGUUCCGCUGCGAGUACGGUCGGAUUCUUUCAGGUUAUCAACCACGGUGCAUCGCCGGAUCUACUACGAAGUGUUGUUGCUGCUAUGAAGGCGUUUCAUGAACUGCCUGCGGAGGUUAGGGCGCAGGUGUACCGUAGGGAAGCACAGACGGGCGUAUCGUAUAUAUCCAACGUAGAUCUCUUCACUUCUAAAGCUGCCAGCUGGCGCGACACACUCCAGAUUAGAACAGGACCGAUUCCAGUGGAAGAGAAGGAGAUUCCAGAGGUGUGUAGGAAGGAGGUAAUGGAGUGGGAUAGAGAAGUAGGGCGAGUAGCAGAUAUUUUGCUGGGUUUGUUGAGUGAAGGAUUGGGAUUAGGCGAAGAAAGGUUCAAGGAAUUGGGUUUCUCACAAGGGAGGGUGAUGGCUGCCCACUAUUACCCAUUUUGUCCUCAGCCUAAUCUUACUGUUGGACUCAAUUCCCAUGCAGAUCCAGGGGCAUUGACGAUAUUGUUGCAGGAUCAUAUCAGUGGCUUACAGGUUCGGACCCAACACGGUUGGAUUCAUGUCAAGCCUCUUGAGGGAGCUUUGGUUAUCAAUAUUGGAGAUUUACUUCAGAUAAUUUCUAAUGAGGAGUACAAAAGUGCUGAUCAUAGGGUAUUGGCAAAUUCUUCUAAUGAGCCGAGAGUCUCGGUUGCUUUUUUUCUGAUCCCAGGUGACAGGGAGAAGCUCUUUGGACCUUUACCAGAGCUAACAUCAGCUGAGAAACCAGCUCUUUAUAGAGAGUUCACACUCAAUGAAUUUAUGACAAGGUUCUUCAAGAAAGAGCUAGAUGGUAAAUCAUUGACAAAUUUCUUCAGACAAUGAUGAACAUAGGUGUUGUAUAUUAGUAUAUGUGUAUAUAAAAGCACACUUGUUCAUCCACAAGCUUAUGAUAUUCUUAUUAUGUCCUGUUUAAA